UUCUUUCCAGCCAGCAUUAGAAACUUGUGAUUGAAGUUGUAACUGAAGAGCUGGCUGGGGAGGAGACAUUGCCAGCUGCUGCUGUUCCUGUCUGCGGUCCCCUCCUCCGGCCAUGACAGAGACCCGUGAACCAGCAGAGACUGGAGGCUAUGCCAGCUUGGAAGAAGAUGAUGAGGACCUCUCUCCAGGUCCUGAGCGGUCCUCUGACUCGGAAUACACCCUCUCAGAGCCGGACUCAGAAGAGGAUGAGGAGGAAGAGGAGGAGGAGGAGGAGACUACCGAUGACCCUGAAUAUGAUCCCGGCUACAAGGUGAAGCAACGUCUGGGGGGGGGCCGAGGGGGCCCAUCCCGCCGCGCCCCCCGUGCGGCCCAGCCUCCAGGGCCCCCUGCCCAGCCUUGCCAGCUCUGUGGCCGAUCACUCCUUGGGGAGGCACCGCCAGGCACCCCACCUUGCCGACUCUGUGGCCCCGCUUCAGCUCCCCAGGAAGCACCGGCCCCUGAAGUCCAGGCUCUCGGGGAGGAAGAGGAGGAGCUGCCUCGGGCUGGGGAGGGUCGGUCCACAGGGAGGGAAGAGGAGGAAGACGAGGAGGAAGACGAGGAGGGCACAUACCAGUGUACCGAGUGCGAAGAUUCCUUCGACAACCUUGGGGAGCUGCAUGGCCACUUUAUGCUGCAUGCUCGGGGGGAGGUGUAGGAAGAGCCUCUUGCCCCUAGGGAGCUUGGCAGAAGGACUGGGUGGGUGCACAGCCGAGGAAACUGAGCUGUUCUCUGUGGUUGGGGGUGGGGGGAGUCGAUGUACCGCCCAUUUGUGUUGUUAUAGCAGUAGAUGUGUGAAGGCCAGAAUAAAAGCCAAAUUUUGUGUCAG